AUGGGCAAACACAACAGCAAACUGGCCCCGGAGGUGCUGGAUGACCUGGUGAGAAACACCGAAUUUAAUGAGCAAGAACUGAAGCAGUGGUACAAGGGCUUCUUGAAGGACUGCCCCACGGGCAUCCUCAACCUGGAAGAAUUCCAGCAGCUCUAUAUCAAGUUUUUCCCCUACGGUGAUGCUUCCAAGUUCGCCCAGCAUGCUUUCCGCACGUUCGACAAGAAUGGGGAUGGGACGAUCGACUUCCGGGAGUUCAUUUGUGCUCUCUCCGUCACCUCCAGGGGAAGCUUUGAGCAGAAAUUGAGCUGGGCCUUUGAGAUGUAUGACUUGGAUGGAGAUGGCAAGAUAACACGUUUGGAGAUGUUGGAGAUCAUUGAGGCAAUCUACAAGAUGGUGGGGACAGUCAUCAUGAUGCGCAUGAACCAGGAUGGGUUGACGCCGCAGCAGCGCGUCGACAGGAUCUUCACCAAGAUGGACAAGGACAAGGACGACCAGAUCACCCUGGAAGAGUUCAAGGAAGCCGCCAAGGGCGACCCCUCCAUUGUCCUGCUACUGCAGUGCGAGUCGCAGAAGUAG